AUGUCUGUCACUCUGCAUACGAAUCUCGGUGACAUCAAGAUCGAGGUCUUCUGUGAGAGUGUGCCCAAGACAGCAGAGAACUUCCUUGCCCUUUGCGCCUCGGGUUACUACGAUGGCUCUCUCUUUCACCGCCUCAUACCGCAUUUCAUGAUCCAAACUGGAGCUCCUCCCUCUCAACCGAAAGGCGGCGUAUCUAUCUGGGAAGAACCUUUCGAAGACGAGAUUCGACCUUCAUUGCGGCACAACGCUCGAGGCAUUGUCAGUAUGGCCAACAAAGGACCUGCGACGAAUGGUAGCCAAUUCUUUAUAUGCUUUGAAAAGGCACCGCAUCUGGAUGGGAAGAACACAGUCUUUGGUCAUGUCUUGGGGGAUGAUAGCCUGGCAAUACUGUCGAAAAUGGAGGGUAGCGAGGUGGACAAAAAGAAUCGGCCGAAGGAGGAGAUCAAAAUUGAGAGGGUUACAAUACAUGCAAAUCCUCUGGCUGGCUGA